GGUUCCUGUCUUCGUCAUAUGUCGGGGCUCCCAGCACUACACCGCGCAUGCUAGCUGUUUAGCAAAACAACUUUCAAACAAAGUUACUUUAUAUAGUUGCGGUAUUUCAAAUACAGAGGAGAAAACAUUACAUUAGCAGAGAGUGAACAGAAUGCCUACAGUGUCUAAAGGAGAUGGGAUGCGUGGCCUGGCUGUGUUCAUCUCUGACAUCAGGAACUGUAAAAGCAAAGAGGCAGAGAUUAAGAGGAUAAAUAAAGAACUGGCCAAUAUCCGUUCCAAAUUCAAAGGAGACAAGGCUUUAGAUGGCUACAGUAAAAAAAAAUAUGUCUGCAAGCUGCUCUUCAUCUUCCUGCUGGGCCAUGAUAUCGACUUUGGGCACAUGGAAGCUGUUAACCUUCUCAGCUCCAACAAGUACACAGAGAAGCAAAUUGGUUACCUGUUCAUCUCAGUGCUGGUAAACUCUAACAGUGAUUUGAUCCGUCUAAUCAACAAUGGCAUCAAGAAUGACCUCGCCAGCCGCAAUCCAACCUUCAUGAACCUGGCCCUGCACUGCAUUGCUAACGUGGGCAGCAGAGAAAUGGCUGAGGCUUUUGCCUUUGAAAUUCCCAGCAUCUUGGUGGCAGGGGACACCAUGGACAGCGUGAAGCAGAGUGCAGCACUAUGUUUGUUACGACUCAACAGGACGUCUCCUGACCUGGUACCCAUGGGUGAAUGGACAGCACGGGUGGUCCAUCUGCUUAAUGAUCAACACUUGGGAGUAGUAACAGCAGCCACCAGCCUGAUAACUACUCUGGCCCAGAAGAGUCCUGAUGACUUCAAAACAUCCAUUUCACUGGCUGUGGCCAGACUGAGUAGGAUUGUGACGUCGGCGUCCAUUGACCUGCAGGACUAUACAUACUACUUUGUUGCUGCACCAUGGUUGUCUGUGAAAUUGCUACGGCUGCUGCAGUGUUACCCCCCACCAGAGGAUGCAGCGCUCCGAAGUCGUCUGACAGAGUGCCUGGAGACCAUCCUCAAUAAAGCCCAGGAGCCACCCAAGUCCAAGAAGGUCCAACACUCAAACGCAAAGAAUGCUGUUUUGUUUGAAGCCAUCUCCCUCAUCAUUCACCAUGACAGUGAGCCCACCCUGUUGGUACGAGCCUGCAACCAGCUAGGCCAGUUUCUGCAGCACCGAGAAACAAACCUUCGUUACUUGGCUUUGGAGAGCAUGUGUACACUGGCCAGUUCUGAGUUUUCUCACGAGGCAGUAAAGACACAUAUAGAUACUGUGAUCAAUGCUCUGAAGACAGAGAGAGAUGUGAGUGUUCGCCAACGCGCCGUGGAUCUGCUCUAUGCCAUGUGUGACCGCAGCAACGCCAAGCAGAUUGUAGCAGAGAUGCUGAGCUACCUGGAGACCGCCGACUAUUCAAUCAGAGAGGAGAUAGUGCUCAAGGUGGCUAUCUUAGCAGAAAAAUAUGCAGUGGACUACACCUGGUAUGUGGAUACUAUUCUCAACCUCAUCCGUGUCGCUGGCGACUAUGUCAGUGAGGAGGUGUGGUAUCGAGUCAUCCAGAUUGUCAUAAACCGAGAUGACGUCCAAGGCUAUGCUGCUAAGACUGUCUUUGAGGCACUUCAGGCUCCUGCCUGCCAUGAGAAUCUGGUGAAGGUAGGAGGUUACAUCCUGGGAGAGUUUGGUAACCUCAUUGCUGGUGAUUCACGCUCCAGCCCUCUGGUCCAGUUCAAUCUUCUCCAUUCCAAGUUCCACCUGUGCUCUGUGCCCACUCGGGCACUGCUGCUGUCAGCUUACAUCAAGUUCAUUAACCUGUUUCCAGAAGUGAAGGCUACAAUCCAGGAUGUCCUGCGCUCUGAUAGCCAACUGCGCAACGCUGAUGUGGAGCUUCAACAAAGAGCUGUGGAGUACCUGAAGCUCAGCUGUAUCGCCAGCACUGACAUAUUGGCCACAGUCUUAGAAGAAAUGCCUCCAUUCCCAGAAAGAGAGUCUUCAAUCCUGGCCAAGCUGAAGAAGAAGAAGGGACCAGGCAAACUGCCUGACAUAGACGACAACCGACGGAAUGUCAACGGCAGCUCCGAGCACAGCGAGAACACUGACACCACAAGCAAGUCUUCUCCUUCACUGCUGGAAGACCUUCUUCCCACUGACAGACCUCGCCCUUCCUCCUGUAGUCCCGCAAUACUCGCUGCUAGAACCAUGGCUUCCGCCCACCCCUUCACAGACAUUCUGAAUCUGAACUCAACCCCCUCAACAGGACCCAACCUGCUAGUUGAUGUCUUUUCCGACAGCUCCACCUCUGCGUCUGUAGAUGUUUCGGAAGACAAUUUUUUCAGAUUUGUUUGUAAGAACAACGGUGUUAUCUAUGAGAACCAGCUCUUGCAGAUCGGACUGAAGUCUGAGUACCGACAGAACCUGGGUCGCAUUUAUGUGUUCUACGGCAACAAGACGUCUACUCAGUUCCUCAGCUUCUCUUCAUUUGUCACCACUAGUGACAUACUCAAGUCUCAGCUGAAUGUCCACGCUAAGACAGUAGACCCCGUAAUAGAAGGUGGUGCUCAGGUCCAGCAGAUCCUGAACAUUGAAUGUGUGUCAGACUUUAUAGAUGCACCAGUACUCAACAUCCAGUUCAGAUAUGGUGGAACUUUGCAGAACAUUGCAGUGAAACUCCCUGUGAUGCUGAAUAAGUUUUUUCAGCCCACAGAGAUGACAUCCCAAGAUUUCUUUCAGCGCUGGAAACAGCUUGGAGCUCCUCAGCAAGAAGUUCAGAAAAUCUUCAAAGCCCAGCACCCCAUGGACACAGAUGUUACCAAGGCCAAGAUCUUAGGUUUUGGUGUUGCUCUGCUGGACGGGGUGGAUCCCAAUCCUGCAAACUUUGUUGGAGCUGGAGUCAUUCACACCAAGAGCACGCAGGUGGGCUGCCUCCUCAGGCUGGAGCCCAAUGCACAAGCACAGAUGUACCGUCUCACCCUCCGGACCAGCAGGGAGUCUGUAUCUCAGAGGCUGUGUGAGCUCCUCGGUGAACAGUUUUAAACCCAGCGCCAGCAUUUUUACACUCUCACUCUCUUAGCCUCACUUUAGAUCAGAAUCAAUGUAUUGUACAGUGUAAAUUGUUUUUUUCUAUUUUACUUGCUUUACAUUUAAGUGAAAUGAAUUUUGCACAUACUUUUACUAAUAAGUCACUGCUUUAAACCUGCCUUGUAUACUCACACUGUGAGCGCCUUAGCCGACAUGUUUACGGUGUGAAAGGUUCUGAACACUUCUCUGUAGUGCUCUGCAGCUCCAGCGUUCAGAACAGUUUUGAAACUGUGCGCUUUUGGUGCGUUGGUACUUCUUAUUCAAAUAUUUUGAAAAGUUAACAGAUGAGGAAGGACUCACUAUAUGGCUGUGACAGGUGCUCUUCAGUGGGGCAGGUGAAAAUACAAUACAUUAGAUUCAGGAAGUCUUAAUUAGUGUUCAGGUGUGCAGGUAACCAUGGUAACAAAGUAAGGCCCUCCGACUUGAAGUGAAAUAAUAAGUUAUUCUUCAAGCAUAUGAGCAAACAAACAGACUGACACAUAUCAACUCUGGGUCAGACAAAUACAUGUGACUGAAUUACAACAUAUAUCAGCCAGUGGUAUUCAGACCAGCAUGUGGUACAUCAAUCAAACUUCCGGCUGUCACUAGAAGAUGUAGUCCCUUGGUGUGUUUUCAUGGUUGUUUGCACUGUUUAAUACUAAGCAGGACUCCUGGAUCUUGUUAUAUUUUGAAGACUGUUACGAAGCAUUAAUGAGAAUGAGUUAGUUGAAGAUCUCAGUAGGAUUGCAAUCUUACCAGUGGUCUGAAAUUGUUCUGAUUGUGUUUAAAAUGAGGCAUUUAUUCCUGUAGUGUUUCAAACUGUUGCACAGAAGCAUUCUGCACUUGUAGGUAAAAAUUAGAACACAAAGGUAGAUCACAUAUUGUGUCGACAAGACAAAUCUGACUUAUUUUACCGACUUUUCACCAGUUUUACACAUCUGUUAUCUCAGGAGGAAAGCUGUUGCUUUGUGGUGUGUUUUUUUUGUAACAGAAAUAGACUUUGGGCACUACAACUUUGUUUCCAUUGUGAAAAUGUUGGUGUUACUUAGUGAAUAAAAUUGACAGCUUGAUUUCAGACACUCAUAAGGUUGAUAUAGAACACUAGGUAGGGAUUUCUUGUGCUGAAAUUUGCUGUCUUCAGAGUGUUUUGCAUUUGAAUUUUUGUUACUCAACAAGAACAGAAAUGGCUUUGAGUAGAAUAGAACAGAGUGACAUUGUUAAACUAUACAGCACUGCCAAAUGCCUUUAUUCACAGAGCACUGCCAAAUAAAUGAUUAAUUAUAUUUCUACAUACA